AUGGCGGUUCAAACGGACUGCAGCGGCGGCAUCAUUGCGAACGACGGAGGGAAACCUUUGGUCAAAAAUCUCCACGAGCAUAUCAUCUGUCCGCUUUGUCGCGGGUAUCUCAUCGACGCCACUACACUGGUCGAGUGUCUCCAUUCCUUUUGCAGGGGUUGCAUCGUUCGUCGUCUGGGCAGCGGUGCUCGAGUGUGUCCGGUGUGCGGUGCUCUGACACUUCCCCCUUUGUUGCCGGACUUUGCCUUGCAGCGUUUGGUUUAUUUGGCGGUGCCCGGUUUGUACCGUUCCGAAUUGGAGAGGAGACGUCACUUUCGCACGGUGAAUCCCCAGUGUCCGCCGCCCGCGGCACCGAUAGGAGCCCUGUCGCUCACGCUGGACGACGCGGUCAGUCUGAGUCUCUGCGAAAUCGUCAACGGUGAGAACGAGGUCGAGAUGAAGGAGCCGGAAAAUCGGGCGACCUUCGCCGUCGACGGCAGAUCGCAAACCAGAGGAAAGAAUCGCAAAGAUUUUACCCAAAACCAGGUGACCGAGGAACCGCCCUCGAAUCCGGAGGAGACGAAUCCCUGCGGCGUCACGAGCAGACGACAGAUCAGAUACCUCAAAUGUCCGGCCGGCGUCACCGUCCGCCAUUUGGUCAGGUUGUUGGCCUUGAAACGGGGAUGGGGCGACACCGAGGGCGCGAACACCUCAUCGUUGAAACGUAUCGAGAUGCUGUACGAGACGCAACCGGGCGUCGCGACUCCCUCGAACUCGUCGACCGGGACGAACGAUCCUCGUCAAAUGCGACCCCUCGAGCCGUCCUGGACCCUCCUGGAUCUCGCCUGUAUCUUCAAAUGGGACAAGGAGACUCCGAUGAAGUUGUAUUACCGGGUUGUCGUGAAACGCGAGGAUAUCCACCAGGCGAAUACCGAUCAUCGUACCGGAGUUUCGUUCGCGAGUAAUCCUCCGUACAACGUCCGGUCGAACGGGGUCCUCGGCGGUCAUGGCGUAGCCGGGGUUUCGACGAGCAACGCGUCCUCCGCAGCGGUGUCGGCUAUGGAGAAUCUCCAGAGGCCACCGACUCCACCUCCCAGUCCCAAGCAGCAGACCGCCGCGCCGAACUCGAACCCCCCGCCGCCCUCGUCGGGGGCACAGGCCGCCUACGGAACGGAAUCGAUUAUUAAAAAUGUACCGCCGACAUCCAGAUCGGGCGGAACAUCGUCCGCCGCUCAUCCGACACCGGAGUCCUCGCCCAAGUCCGUAAAGUCCAAUACGGAGUCCUCGGCAUCUUCGUCGUCGUCGUCGUCGUCUUCGAGGUUUUUGCCCGCGGAAUCCGAGGCGAAAAAAUCGGAAAUCUUCGGCAGAAAAGCGGAGGCGCGAUCACCUCCGAAUUUCAACGGUCAGGAAUUGAAAAAUUCCACCGCGAAUCAACCGAUGAUAUCCGUAUUACCGGCAAAAUCCACAUCCAACGCACAAAUGUCGAGUAAAAAUUUAGCGAACGACGCGACAGUUACCGUCGAUAAUUCGAGCAGCCGCGCGGUCGUAGCUUCGGAAUCCAACGUCACGCCGUCGUCUUCUUCUUCUUCGUCGACGUCUUGCGCUUCUUCUAAUUCCAAUUCCGCCUCCGUGCAGACGCACGGUGUCAAGAUAAAGAAACCGCGCUGCGAAGUGACGCCGGUUAUGCGCGCACCGGGUCCGCAGGGUCUCGGUAAUUCCUGUCCAACGGCGACGGCGGCGGCGGCGACGACGACGUCCGCGGCGGCGGUAACGCAGACGGCGAAUUCGUCCGGCUCGUCGACGGCUGCCGGGGAUACGAAAAAGACGUCGAACGGCGGCAGCAAAGUGCAGAGAAUGGAGCACCACAAGCGUCGAAAGCGCAGAAACAAGCGUCUCAUAGCGGAGAUAACGACUACGCCCAGAGAGGAUCUUUUGAAAUUGAAAGUGAGACUCACCCCGUGUCCGCCGAGGAUAACGUCGAGCGCGGGAAGUGCGGCCAAGGAGAAAUUGUUGCAAAUGCGGGCGGUGCGCAGAGAGAAAAUAAAAAAUAGCGGCGGCGGCGCGGCGGGUGGCAUCGGUGCGGAGACGACGCCCGGAGUUGUUCAGUUCGAUCAAAAUUCGUCGUCGAAUUCGGACUCCUCGAAAAUUCAUCCGACGCCGUCGCUACCACCGACUCCGCCGCUUUCGGCCUCGGCGGAAAUCACGUCGCCUCCCGUCAUCCCGGGGGGUAUCGUCGUCAAUAAGCAGCAAACGUCGCCGGCGAACGCGGCGUCUGCGGAAAAUGUCAAGAUAUUAUCCGACGCGAACAACGCGUCGAAAUGUACGACGACAAUAUCGAAGGUCAAGGAAACUAAUCACCUCCAGGAACAGGAAGAGACCAUCGAAGAGAUAAUCGACGGAAUACCGGACGAAGUUGUGAGGGUCGCGCAGAACAUGAAUUGCCCCGCCGCGCAGUCGUCGGGAUCACCUUCGUCGUCCUCCUCCUCCUCCACGUCGUCGUCGUCGUCGUCGGGAUCUCUGUUGGGUCAACAGAAAAAGUUUGAAGAAAAUUUAGUCAAGGUGAGAAACACUAGUGGAAAAAAUUCGGAGCUUCAGAUAAUAAUGCAGAGCAAGAAAUCGAUAUCCCUGAAAUCGGGCGACGCGAACGUCUGCCUUUCGAAGGGAUCCUCCUGCACCGACUCGUCCUCCCGCAACGAGCACGUGAAAUCCUCGCAGGAUAAAAAGUCGGGGAAACCGAAGGACGAGGAGGUGUUGCGCCGUUUGGGUUUAAUCGCGAUAAGCGAAGCGAGCAAAACGCUUCAGGACAAGAUGCGAAAUUCCCAUAAUUGCAACGGCGGAUCGGGCGGCGGGGGUAUAGAUUAUCAUCGCGAAUCCCUGGAGCGUCAACUUCGCGAGAGCAAGGCGAACCGCGUGCGGAGUUUACUGGCGGAGAAGCAGAUGCGCGACGCCUUGAAGAGCAUCAUGUCGGAGACCAAAUCGUCGAACAACAACAACAACAACAACAACAACAACAACAACAGCAGCAGCAGCAAAUCUGCGUCGGGAUCGAUGUCGGUCGGCUGCAACAACGCGGGACCGAAGAAAGGCCCCCCGCCCUUGGCGCCCUUGACGCCGAAGCAGGUCGGCGUUUUGCAAAACUUUUCGAAUCCCCCGAAAACGAGUCACCCGUCCAGCAAUCAGAUGGUCAAUUUGAACCGCGGAGCGAAGAACGAAAAACCGUUGGACCUGAGCAGCGGGUCCAACAACGCUCUGGACUUAUCCCCCUGCUGUACGCCGAGCAGUAGCGGGAAUCAAAUGAUAACCAGUACAACUUACGUGAACAAUUCGUCGUCCUCCUCCUCGUCCUCCUCCUCCUCCUCGUCGUCCUCCUCCUCGUCGUCGUCGUCGUCCGGUUGUUCGUCCACGUUGCAGGGUAACAGUAAAUCGAGACCGACUGGCUGCAACGAUAAAUUGAUCGGUAACAACGUCCGUCGCGGCGUUAAAUUGAUCGAGGAGGUUAAAAAGAAUCAGGAUUUGAACUUACGUACCCUCUCGGACGCUGCCGUAUCCCUGAUAAGUACAAGUCCGGUAAACUCGUCGUCGGGAUCAUCGUCCGAUUCUGUUAGAGUAACAAAUUCAACGUUGAUGAGUAACAAAGUCGCGUUAAGGAUACCUCAACCGCAUCAAAGAAUGUCAAGUUUCGGUAACGGUAUUAAAAUAAAACCAAAUCUAGCCGUGAGGCACAUUCCUAAUCCACAGGCAUUCGUUGCCUCGCAAUACAACAGAAAUAACACCAACAUAGGUAACAACAACAACAACAACAACAACAACAUCAUCAAUAAUCACAACAGCAGCAAUACAAACAACAACAAUCAAAGGAAUAACUUUUUCACCUCUCAACAACCACCGUAAAAUCAUUAUCCAUAUCUAUAACUUCUUUCUGUGUGUAACGAUAAUUUUUCCUUCAUCGACAAUUCACAAGUGAUUUUACACGUGACACAUCUGCUGCGCAUAUAGGUAUAUAAUAUACAAUAUAUAUUUAUAAUUACAUUGCGAUUUUCAGUACAAAUUUUGCGACCAGCGCCGCGGUUCGCGCGUGAAUUGUCGUUAUCGUUAAUAUCGAUAUCGUUGUUGUUUUUGUUGUUAUUAUUAUUAGAUAAUAAUAAACAAAGUUCGCGGGCUAAACGAUAAACAUAAUCAUCACAUAUAUACGUGAAUUUUUUAAUAACUUUACUUAUACAUGACUAAGGAGAAAGAAGAGAACGAUUAUAAAACUCAUGUGCAAUGAAUGUUUCAUUUGAAUAUAGAACGUUAGAAGAAAGAAGCUUGAAUGAAAAUUCGUCAUCAUUAUUAAUAUUAUCGCUAUUAUUAUUCAAACAUCAAGAACGCAUAAUUACUUAUACAUAUAUUAUAUAUACGUAUACAAUAUUGUUGUUUCCAGUUUGCGAAGGAU